AUGUCUGCACCAGGCUUGGCUCCAGCAACCAUUUGUGCCGUCAUUUUGAUUCCGACGUUCUUGAUUGCCAUCGUUGUGUUCAUCUUCUUCAAGGGAUUCAACCUCCUGUCGAAUCGCUGGAACUGGUGGCCCAAGCCACAGCAUCAGCAGUGCCCAGAAAUCGCCAUUCAUCUCACCGAUCCUUGUGGGGGAAGUUUCACCACGACGGAAAGCAACUUCAUCGGACAGGUCAAGAAGGCCAAGGUCAAGAAGGACAAUGGCAUUGAGAGCUUCAAUGAUGGCCCUGAUCGACCGUUGACUGUGGUGAAGAAACGAAGACUCCUUAGCCGGACGAAGGACAAGGACAAGGAAAACCGCCGCCCUAGCGACGAGAGCCAUUUGCACUCCGAGGCUCCGUCUUGGGACGCUGCGACCCCAAAGCCGAUGAACAGAACAAGUACCCGUCAUCUGUCGAGUAUCCAACCCCAAAGCACAUCGUCUCCCACACAGUUGUCAGGACUACGCUGGCUCUCCAGCAGCCGAACUCCAUCAACGAAAACCACCCACCGUCGGUCUGAUCUGCGCCUGUUCAGCGGGUCUUCAUAUGGAUCAUCAAUUGGGUCACUGAACAUACCCGCGACUGGCCAAUUAUGGGAUCAUCGGUCAGCUUCGGGGUCUACUGAGCUGUCGUUUGCUCUGGACGAACUCAAUACUUGUGGACGGCCUCCAACGAGCAAUUCCUUCUUCGGCAGCGCCACUACAGAUGGGAGCAUUUGUGACCCUUAUAUGCUUGUGCCGCAUAUCUCGAUUACCCCGGAGAUAAGAACGCUGGAGGAGGGACAGUCAAGCGUAUGGGCCGCCAUUAAGAUUUCCGGUCAACUUUCCUCUCCUGGUACCGAACACACGGUCAACCCAACACCGAAUGCUAGCAAUGGCGAUCCCUGCUUUAUGCCGGUUCACCACGGCGGUGCGGCCCUUUCACAAUACGGAUACCUAUAUGAUCUAAGGGUAGAUAUUUUACCAACUGCGCAGAGCACCAUCAUUGAUCAACUCGAUGACAACCUCACAAGAACCAUAAAACCUGGCUCCAGCAUGCUUGUGCUAGCUCAUAUACGCCUGAGCGCCCCUCAACCACAGCGAUACAAGGGGACUCCCGAGGACGAGUCUAACGAUCUCAUAGCUGACCUUGAGUAUCAGCUCGGCGGUGUCAGGGCUAAGUACCUUCAAGUUCGCGUCAAGUACUGUCAUUCGGGGUUUCCGGCCUUGAAACAAACGUCUCUGACGGAGAGUGUCUCGACCUGUGAGACUCGACUGGAAACAGCAGCAACUGGCGUCAUUGAACGACGUAGUUCGAUGUCGGCCUGGUCUCCCCGACUAAUGCCUUCUUGCAACCCGUUGCUUGGCAUCAUAGCCUCUCACUGGGGCCCUGUGCGAGCCACCGAGGUGUUUCGUAAAAUAGUGGCGCACCGAACAAGUCCGCAGUUACCUGACCUCAACAGCCACAUGGACACAUUACAGGCCAGAGAAUUAGAGGAUACAAUCGCGACUCCCAUUUCGACAAGGAAAGGCCCGCCUGUGAGAGUGCCUCGACGCCAGGCCAGCCUCGGACGGGCAUCGCCAGACGAUGAUGUCGAUCCCGCCAGGAAGAUCUGGACUGAAAUGAGACGAACAUCAGGGGGCAAACGCCCGAACUUCCACGUGAGCAAGCCCAAUCGCUCACCUGCAGCGACGACCUACGCAUUGUCCCACAAGGUCUCCAAACCUGAGCUGCCCCAGCCGAAGACGGAGAUUGAGCGCCAACGAGAGAUGAUUCGGGACACUGCCUUGCGCAACAAGAGGUCUAUAGGCGCAGAUAGUCUGAAGAGCCUGGUCCCUUCGAUGGCCGACGUGAGUCUGGGUGGCAAGGAGAACAGUGAUCCUUUCAAUCCGCCUCACACAGCCAGGAGACAGGAUAUGCAUUUUGAUGGGCGCAAGCGAGACGGGCGUUGGAGCCUCGGCGGUUGGUGGUGA